AUGGCACGGCUGGAAGCGCUGCACGGACGGAAAGAACCCACAUCUCUAUUAUUACUCUCACGCACUUCAACGCACUUCAACCCAACUCAACUCAACUCAACUCAACUCAACUCAACUCAACUCCCUUUGCUCCCCUGUUCCUGGUCAUGUCAUCAUGUCAUCUCGACCCAUCCCAUCCCACCUCACUCUUCCUUCGCUGCUUACACCCUCGCACACACGCUUCUACUUUUCCCAGGUUCAUUCUCGUCUUCUCAUCCGAUCGCAAGACCGCCUCCAGCCUACUUGCUGCUAGCUACGGCAUGUCCCUUGUCGAUCCAGCCAGUCUCAGUCUCAAGUCUCACAGACGUGGCUUACAAGUUCCAUGGAAGACGUGGCCAGCGAUUACGCCAUGACCAGACCUCAAGUCCAAUGAUUCUCCCACGUCUACGGCUGGUGAUGCUGACGGGCUUUCAGCCGCAACAUCCAUCUUCUCAUCAGGCAGAUGGUCGGGGACUCCGACUAAUCGCGAGAGACUGA